UUACAACGUUCCUCAGCCGUCCAUCAGAAACACUCGAAUCCAACGGCCCAUAUCGCCGAAGCCGCCAUUCCUUCUUCUUUGUUCUUCCUGCUGCACAACGGCACCAUUGUUGAGAGUCUUCAGUUCGGCUUCUAAGAAAAGAAUCUCUCACUAUCUUGAUUUCCUUUCUCUUUCACCGCCAUUCUUGUUCCUACGACAAACUUAAGAAAAUCGCCUUCAAAAACUUCAUCAUUCCUUCUUCUUUUUCUCCAUAAUUUCCACUUAAUAUGUGUUAGAAUUGAAGUUCGGUCAAGUAGAUAUCAUUGAACAGAAAAAGGAAAAGGAAAUAAGGAAGACAGAGAAAAGCUUCUUCAAAACUGUACAAGUGAAACUUACCUUGGAUUUGAUCAAGUGCAAAAGCAAAAGUACUUCUUGUAAUCAAGGCUAUAGCUUAGCAGAUUUCCAAGUUGAGAUUAAUAGUUGUUGUUCAGCGCUAAAUAUAUUUCAGAUUGGUUUAUAGACUGCAAAGAGUUUCUGAUGGAUGGGUAUUCUAGCAAAAGAGUUCAUGUCGGAAUUGUUUCUAGGAAGGGACCUGGUGUAGUUUUGAGGGAUAACAUGAAGGACAGGGAUCAAAGUAAUCAAUACAGUAACCGACCUGGCUGCACUGGCAGGAUAUGCUCCAGUAGUGGCGCACAAGUUGGUUGUUCGAGUAAAUUCAGCUCAAAAAGACCAUUCCGCAGCUCAAGUGGUAAAGAAGGUCUUGGAAGUUCCUCUGGAAUCCAAAAUCUCAGGAAAUCUUUUCCAGAUCCAUUUGGAAAGCUACCAUCUAAGCUUGAAAUAGAUUCAUCUGAAAGUGAUAGCAUUCACGAUGAGUUAGAAGAGCUGGAAUUGAUCUCACCUCAUGGAUUGUUCCAUACAGGGCUUCAUGCAAAAUCUGAAAGUCCAGUGCUCACUAAUGCCAUGUUGAUGGAAAGGGGAAGCUGCAGUACGGACUUUGGCAAUGUAUCUAAGAGAAUCUCCAUUCAAAGUUAUGAAGUGGACAAUGAAGAUCCUCAUGCAUCAAUGAGGCCUAGAAGUCUUUGCCAGAAAUCAAACGGUAGUUCCAGUUCCUACAGUUCGAGAAACCUCACAAGUGAUUCUGUAUCUGAAGUAAUUCCAUCAAAUAAUUCUUUACUGGAACCAGACCUUGUGAGAAGAAAGAAUGUAACGAAGAAGAUACCAUUUGAUGGUGAGAACAGUUCCAGUUCUAGAGGAAAGAAGGCGAGUGGAACUUCCCGAGGACAAAAGUGUAUCUACCGGCAUGGUAUCUCUAUUUCUGAUCAAAUACCAGGUCGAAACGUGUUUCACAGGAAAAAUAUUCUUUCAUCACACGGGACUCGAAGUUUGACGAGUGUAUGUAGUGGGGGAAGGCAUUCUUACCAAGGGAUAAGUGACAAUUUGUCGCUGCAGGAUUCUCUAGCCACGACUUCAUGGAUGCCUCAGAUUAAUGUCUCCGGUUCCUCAAAUGCUUCUACUUCACUUCAGUUACCUUCAGAAUCACACUCCAGGCAGCACACUACUUCCACAAAAUCAGAAGGCUAUAGUCAAAGGCUACAUGACAUUAGACAAGCUACUUCUGCAGAAGUUGAUCUUUCAAGCACUUCAACAAAUGCAAGCCGUUUUAGAGGCCACAAUGACGAUGAAAUUGCUGAGGUACUAUUGGCGUUGGAGAGAAUUGAACAAGAGGAGGACCUAACUUAUGAGCAAGCCAUACUUCUUGAGACGAGUGUGUUCCUCAAUAGCCUGAACAUCUAUGAUCGGCACAGAGACAUGAGACUUGACAUUGAUAACCUGACAUAUGAGCAACUUUUAGAUUUAGAAGAGAAAAUGGGGACCGUAAGCACAGCACUGUCUGAAGAAGCACUGACAAAAUGCCUUAAUAGAAGCAUCCAUCAGUCCAAAGCUGAAGGAGGAACAGCGAUGGAUCCUAUUGGAGAUUUGAGUGAUGUCAAAUGCUGUAUUUGUCAGGAAGAAUAUGUGAGUGGAGAUGAAGUUGGGAGACUGCGAUGUGAGCACAAGCAUCAUGUAGCAUGCAUUCAACAAUGGUUGAGGUUGAAGAACUGGUGCCCCAUUUGUAAAUCAUCAGCAACAGCUUCUCACCCUUUCAGAUGAUAUAAAACCAAAUUAAAUUUCAUCGUCUAAUAGUUCCACUUUAUAGAGAUUUAAGAUUCACUGUCUAUGGAAUUUUAUGUUUCUUUUGUACAAAUUACAUCUAUUUUAAUCUCUUCAUUCACCAAGAGACUCAAGCACUUGACCUCUACUCUUUAUUUAUUUGAAUGAAAAUUGUUCAUAAGUUGAUUGGAAA